AAAUAGACAGAAAUUCGCCAAAGUUUCUGGAGUUCGUCGAAAAAACUAGGGCAUUGGUUAUAAAAAUGAAGCAAGAAGAUACAGCUAGCCAUGUUAUCACAUUACUUCUGUUAUUGACUUCAACUGAUAAUGAAGAUGAAAAACGUAAAAUCAAUGAAUCACUUGGAACAAUAUUUCUAUGCUAUCCAAAUUUAUCACAAAGUUUUACUGAUUCUUAUAGAAGUUUAUUAGAAACAGUAAUAAACUACGAAGGUUAUCCAGAUCGUUUUGAAUUAUGGAAAAAACUGAUAUUAAUAUUGUAUAGUGAGAAAAAAUAUACUGCUCUAAUCGCUACAGCUGAAAAAAUGCAUCAUGAGUAUCCACGUACGCUCUAUCCACUAGAAUGGAUAUGUCGUAUUUAUACGGAACAAAGAAUAUUGAAUGAGGACAAAUUUGAUGAUGUAACAAAUAUUGAAAAAAUUUAUAAUACUAUACUUGAAUUAGAUUCAAAUUCAUCCUUAGGGGUUUUUUCAAAAGCAUUGUAUCAGCAAGAACUGGGUAAUAUACUUGAUUCGAGAGAUUUACUUAAUCAAAGUGUUCUAAUAAAUCCACAACAGCCUUAUGCUUGGAUAUCAUUAAUAAAGGUUAAUGCUAAACUUUAUUGUUGGUCUGAUGUUGAAAAUGCUGCUCAACAGGCCCAAACGUUGCUGAAUACUAAAUCAAAACAUCUAAUGGAAAUUGCUAAUGACUAUUUGAUCGAAGCAUUGGCCAAUGGCGAAAACAGCUCAAAAUGGAAGCAAUCUAUUACACUAUGUCAAAAAUCACUCGUUCAAAAAUCAUCUGAAAAACAUAAGUUGCUAUUGGCACGUGCAAUGAUUUAUCUUGAAGACCCAAAAGUUUACAAUCUACUAACAGAACUUGAAAACAAUCCUAAAACAAGAGUAAAAGCAACAGUAUUACGUGCACAAUUAUUAAAAAAUCAAGGUAAAUUGGAAGAAUCAAUUGACGUACUUGGUGGCGUUCUAGAAACAACAGAUGCAUGGUUAUUAUUCGGUGAAAUAAAUUGGGAAAUGAGUGAUUAUAAUCACAGUUUAAUAGCUUUUUUGAAAGGUAUUCAUGCUGAUCCGAAUAAUUGGGAAUGUCUUGUUUAUCUUGGACAUUAUUACAGAGAAUAUGGUAAUGAUUUAGAUAAAUCAAGAAAAUGUUAUCAAACAGCAUUAAGAAUUAAUCCAAAUUCAGAUAAAGCUGGUGCAGGUCUCAGUACUGUUUAUAGAUUUCUCAAAAAUAGUGAAUCAAAUAUACAGAUGUUACAGCGAGUAACAACAGUUGACGGGGGUGGCCCGAAAUGGGCAUGGUUACAGCUUGGUUUGCAGCAGUUGGAUCAAAGAGAAAUAUCACUAGCUAUUAAAUCAUUGAGAUUUGUUAUACGAGCUGAUCCAAAUAACAAUCAUUGUUGGGAAUCACUUGCGGAUGCUUACUGGGCUCGUGGAUCACACACAUCAGCACUUAAAUCAUAUCAACGAGCUGCAGAUCUUUCACCUGAUUCACUUUAUCCAAUGAUACAAUUAGCCAAUAUUAAUUUAGUACUCGGAAGACAUGAAGAAGCAAAAACAGCAUUUAUCCAAAUAUUAACUCAUGAAAAAAAAUAUAUUCCAGCUUUGAAGGGCUUAGCUGAAACUUGUCUGGGUCUUGCUGUUGAAAAUUUGUCAAAUCAGUUGCUCGGACGAGCUAAAAGAAAUAUACAACAGGCUGUUGAUAGUUUAACUAAUGCCAUUGUUGAAAAUAGCGAUUUUUCAUGUUUAUGGAAACUUUUGGGCGAUGCUUGCUAUCGAACAGCAAUCAUGCCGCUCAAAUAUUGUUGCCUUGAUGUUGUACCAAGUCUUGUCAAAUCUGAUAGUACCCAGAAAAAAAUUGUAAUUGAAAGAAGUCAGCUGUUCUCACUUGCAACCAGAUGCUACUGUCGAGCUCUAAGUCUGUCUAAAGACUCGUCAUUUCUUUGGCAUGAUUUAGCAUGUUGUUAUUUUUCUCAAGUAAAUCUUGACAAUAACAUUGAUAAGAAAACAAUUGCUAAUCAGAGCAUGGAAGCGGCUAAACAAGCUAUAAGACUCAAUCCAACAACAUGGAUACAUUGGAAUCUACUUGGUGUUAUAUCAAUGAAUUCUGAAGUUAAAAAUUAUUCAUUGGCACAACAUUGUUGGAUAAUGGCUAUCGAUCGUGAACCUAAUAAUGCGAUUGCGUGGACAAAUUUAGGAACGCUCUAUUUAUAUUUAAAUGAUCCAUAUAUGGCAAAUACAGCAUUUUCAAGAGCCCAAAGAGCUGAUCCUGAUUAUAAUAACAGCUGGAUUGGCCAAGCAAUUAUUGCUGAAUCAAUACAAAGACUCGAGGCUAUGGAUUUAUUUAGGCAUGCUGUUGAACUUGGUUAUCAUCCACAAGCUGCAAUUGGAUAUGCUCAUUGGAUUUUGAAAACAUUAUUGAAUUCAGAUGCUAAAAAAAAUCCUUUAUUUUCAUAUGCAAUCGAUAAAAUGCAUGCAAUACCUGUUGCUGCUGAUGCAAUGACUUGGUACAUGGAUCGUAAACCAAAUUCUGUUAUUGGAAGAAACAUACUGGGAUUAUUACUUGAGCGUCAAGAACUUUAUAAACCAGCAUCUCGUGAAUUUACUGAAGCACUCAAAUUUACUGAUGACAAUAAAAAACUGGAUAAAAUUCGAAUUAAUCUUACAAGAGUUUUAGUGCAAAUGGGGGAUUACAAAGAAGCUGUUGCUGUCUGUUGCGGGGUUAAAUCACCAAGUUUCACGUCUCAUUGUCAAUUAGCAUUGUCUCUUUUCAAGGCUGAAAGAUAUGAAGAAUCAUAUGAAGCUUAUAAUGACUCGUUGAAUGAUUUGGCUGAAGAUGGAUCAGACAAAGCACAUGUCCUCUGUGCAAUGGCAUCAAUGGCAUACAUGUUUCAAGGUGUUGACGACGCUAAAACAUUAUUGUUUCAAUGUAUUCAAAUUCAGCCACCAAAUGUUGCUGGAUUACUUGCUGCUGCUGCUCUUGGUCUUCUUCAUGAUGAUUUAAAUCUUACGAAUCUUGUUCUUAAUGAGUUGAAACCAUUUAAGGAUGACCCUAAUUACAGACAUCACAUUGCUGUGCUAACGGCUUAUUCUUAUCUUAUAAAUAAUAAUCAUACUGGAGCUAUACGAAUUAUGUCAAAUGCUAUUCACAAAUACCCAGUUGAUGUUGGAUCCUGGAUAGGGCUUGUUAGAAUUUUACUUGAAACAAAUUCCAAAAGUUUUGGAAAUUGUGCACAAAAAGCAUUGCUACUUGGACGGAAUAGAGGAACUAUGGCUAUUUCACAAGUAGCAUGUAUUUCAUCACUCGGACAGUUGAUGGAUAAUCAAAAUAAGUCUGGACUUAUGUCUGUUGAAAAAACGCUCAUGGCUUUCCCAGGACAUAUUGGAAGUUGGGGAAAUUUCAUAUUUUCUCUUAUACAAAGAUUUGACCAAAAGUCGAUUUCAAAUGCGGAUUGGUUGCUUAAGUUAACUAAAACUAUUCAAGAAAAAUUAAAAAGCACAAAACCAAUGGAUGAUUGGUUAAUCAAUAAUCAACAGAAAUUAUCUGCACUUGCAACAAUUUCUUAAUUUAUUUACACAGACAAAAAUAUAGGAUAUUAUCAGUGAAAACACCAAUCUGUCGUCCGCAUCUUUCUUUGUAAAAACAUUCUCAGUUUUCUAAUAAAAUUAAAGUCCUGAAAA